UACUUGUAAGUGAGAACCAGAUGUCAGGACACAUUUCACGCGCCUCCCACAUGACUGCAGGGAGUGCUCCAGGCAAUCUGCAUCUCUGUUGGGUGACUUGGGAGUUCCCGCCAGGGGUUUCUCUCCACUUUGGGGACCUGAAACACAUCCCAGACCCUUACAGUAUCCUCCCCAGGGAAGUGAGUAGCUUGAGGACCACAGGGGAAUCCUUGCUAUCCUUUGUAUCAGGAAAGCAUAAUUUAAAAAAAAAAAAAAAAAAGGAAAGUUGUUAACUAUUCCAGGUGUGUUGUUCAUUGGUGCUGCCCUUGACCUAAAGAAUGAUUGGGCAUGGAGCUCCUGCCCCUACAGUAAACUUUUAGCCAUUUCCAGGAAGCAGUUAGAGUCGUCGGAUUUUCCUUCUACCUUCUUAGAAUUGAUAAUUAGGAGAAACAAAGGACAGAGUAAGGAGUAGUAGUGGCAAUGGCACCAGAAUACUAAUAAGAACCAAUCCUCCCCCCUCCCAAUAUUUUUCUCCUAAAAGAAUUUCUGAGAAUGAUAGUAGGCUCAAGGCCUUUGGCGAUGGAAGGUUAUUUUAGCAAACAUAGAAAUAUAUGUGUAUUUCUCAUUUAAUUAUUAUUUAAGCAGGAAGAAAAAGAGAGUGUGAGCACAAAAUUUUUAAAUCUUUCCAAAAAAAUAAAAAUAAAAUAUUGGAGUAGAGUUCCCUUCAAGAGUUAACUCUUUCUCGCCUUUCUAAAGCAGAGCAAGUUCCAGGGUCUGGAAUUAAGUGACAGACCGUGGGCACUGGAAGGUCUCGCUUAAAUCAGGGGGGCCGACCCGCCCCUGCACGCAGAGCCGCCGUUCCCCAGCCGUAGGCCGACCUGCCCCGGGCACCGCCGCUCGGGGCGCAGCGACGCGCCAGGAAGCGCCCGCGGCUGCCCCGCUGCCCCGCCGCUCCGCUGGUGGCCGGGAGAAGUUAGUCACCGGGAGCCCGAAGCCUGCUAGCGGUGGAGUUCAGAAGGGCGGCGGAAUGAGGCGACGGGAGAGCAGGUACCGGGAGGGCUGGGAAGAAGCAAAGGGAGUGCGGGGCUCCGGGACGCGCCGGAGGCGGACCGCGCCGGCUGUGGAAGGAGCCACUGGAUCUGCGGGGCCAGGGCGCUGCGCACCCGCGUGCAGAAGGGAAAAACUUGCGGCAGGAACUUCCUACCGAGGGCAAGGGAAGCCAGCGCGAAGGCGGCAGGGAGAGACUCGAAGCGUCUCAGUAGCUCUAAAAACACAGCAAACCAUCCCUGCAGGAGGAUGGCAGGCCGCUAUAAAUGCAUUGUUCCACCUCCUCGCAUCUUCACAGCGCUCGCGCUGCUCCCUGCGCUCGCAGCGGCGGACUGGGGGUGACCGCGGGCAGGAGGACGCCGCAGCCGGAGGGACGCGGAGGCGCCGCGGGGCCAGCUCGCCGCGGGCCACCCCCUGCGCUUUUGUUCUGAUUUUUAGGGCCUUUUCCCGUCUGUUUCUUCCUUUCCUCCUGCUUCCAGCAGAGCCAAGGAAAGCCACAAAAUAAGAAAGGAAGUGCGCCCCACAGCUUGGAACCCC